GAAUCUGUUCAAUAUUUCCUUGCAGAAAAAACUUGUGCCCAAACAUGGUAAUCGAUUUUUUACCAUUUAGAGGAGAGAGCAAAAAACAGUCAUCAGUAUUAUUUCAGGGGAUCAUGGACAUUGAAGCAUAUUUUGAAAGAAUUGGGUAUACAGACACUGGGAGGAAAUUGGACUUGGAAACAUUAACUGACAUCCUUCAACACCAGAUCCGAGCCAUUCCCUUCGAGAACCUUAAUAUGCACUGUGGAAAAGCCGUGGAGUUCGACUUAGAGGCCGUUUUUGAUCAAAUUGUGAGGAGGAAGCGAGGUGGGUGGUGUCUCCAGGUCAACCACCUCCUGUACUGGGCUCUGACCACAAUGGGUUUUGAGACCACAAUGUUGGGAGGUUAUGUUUACAUCACUCCAGUCGACGAAUAUAGCAGCAACAUGGUUCACCUCCUGCUUCAGGUGACCAUAGAUGGCAGGAACUACAUCGUGGAUGCUGGGUUUGGAUGCUCCUACCAGAUGUGGCAGCCUGUGGAGCUAAUUUCUGGGAAGGAUCAGCCCCAGACACCUGGCAUCUUCAGCUUGAGAGAAGAGGGUGCAAUCUGGUACCUGGACCAAAUCAGGAGAGAGCAGUACAUUCCAAACCAGGAAUUUCUUAAUUCUAAUCUCCUAGAUAAACAUAAAUACCGAAAAAUCUACUCUUUCACACUCAAGCCUCGAUCAAUUGAAGAUUUUGAGUCUGUGAAUACAUACCUUCAAACAUCUCCAACAUCUAUGUUUACAGGUGUAUCUCUUUGUUCCUUGCAGACGCCAGAAGGGGUUUACUGUUUAGUGGGCUUCACCCUCACCUCUCAAAGAUUCAAUUAUAAGGACAAUAUGGACCUGGUAGAGUUUAAGGACCUAAAUGAGAAUGAAGUAGAAGAGACAUUGAAGAAUCUAUUUAAUAUCUCUUUGGAGGGAAAGCUUGCACCCAAACAUGGCGACUGGCUUUUUACCAUUUAGAGGAAAAACCAAAAAAACGUUAUCAUCAGCAUUACUUCAAGUACUAAAAGUUUUUAUCUGGAAAGUUUCAAACAUAUACAAAAUUAGAGAAAAUACAAUAUUAAACUUAUUCUGUGUAUUAAUCACCCAGCUUAUCAACAAUCAACUGAUGACCAAUCAUAUUUCAUCUACCCCCAGUUCAUUUUGAAGAAAAUUUGAGACAUAAAAUCAUUUCACCCAUAAAAAUUUCAAUGCAUAUCAUUAAAUGAUAACUUUUUAAGAAACAUAACAACACACCUUUUCAAAAUUAAAGAUAGUAACAGCAUUUUAAGGAUGGCCUGCGGUUAUCUUGGAAAACAUAAUGAAUUAAGCAAGAAAACUAGCUGAGCAUUGAGUGCAUAGAAAAUGUUUACCUUUGGUUGAGUAAAUAGUAAGUUGAGAAAAUCAUUUUCAUGGAAUUCAACCAGUCUUUUCCAAUGUCUACUUUUUAUAAAAUACAACUUGGGAUUGGAAUUCAACAAAGAAGAAUGAGAAAUGAUACUUGCUUCCAAACAGCCUAAGAGUUUCCAGGAAAAGAUUUAAACCAACACGUGAUUGCACGUGAUUAAGUACCAAAAGAGUGACACACCUAACAAUUUCUGUCAUAAUUCUUUUUGUAAUCAUAGUUAUUCAUAUGCUACAUUUCUUAAUAUGGUAAAACGGAUCAUUAGAAUUUUAAACUUCCAGAAUGUAGCUAUUUGUGUCUAAAAAUGAUAUUUGUGUUCUACAAAAUAUUUGGAAAUAAACCAGCUUACAUACCUAUGAUAUGGCCUACAUAGUUUGUAGGAUCACCUGGAUUUCAAAUCAUCCUACUGUCAUUCAAUCAAUAAACAUUUACUUAAAGCAUAGAUAGGCACUGUGAUAAAUGCUAAGAAUAAAACACAGACUUUCACAGAGGAAAGCAUCUUGAUGACAACAAAGAUGACAAGGAGUUUGCCCAACUAAAUAUAUAGGCAUUCAUGCAUUCAUUAAUAAGGUGGGGCAGUAUUUUUCAGAAAGUACUGGUCUGAAUUUGGUUACCCUGAAAACGGAGCCAUCUUCAACUUGUGGCCAUAACAAUGAGGUUAAGUGAAAAGGAGGGCUGGAAUGAAAGAAUGUUAGAUUCUUAGGGGCAUGGCUGUUAUAUAUAGCAAUAUAACACUCAGGGACUUGUUUGGAGGUAGUUUAUUUGGGAGGUCAAGUGGUUAAGCACUCAGCUGCUAAUCAAAAAGUCAGUGGUUCAAACAUACCACUCUGUGGGAGAAAGAUGUGGCGAACUGCUCUUGUAAGAUUACAGCCUUGGAAACACUAUGGGGCAGUUCUAGUCUGUCCUAUAGCCUUGCUAUGAGUCAGAAUCAACUCAGGGACAAUGAGCAUAGUUUCUGUUUUGUUUUGUUUUAACCAGGAAGUAGGAGGGGGAGGAAAGGGAAAGUGAAACAGGGAAGAGGGAAAAGUUUAUGUGAGGGCUCAUCAAGGUUGCUGCUGUGGGCAACAGGAGCUUAAAGCCUCCAGGGCUCCCAAAGGAGCAUAUGAAUGCCUCCCAAGACUGACUACCCAAAGAACAAGAGGGGAGCAGUUUACCCAUUGACUCCCCAUCUCCAGGUGGUUAAGAGUUCUCCCUGGGAGUGUUACCUCCCUGCACUUCAGAACUUCAUAUGUUGAGUGAGGUCCUGCAGACAUGCAUUGGAGAAGUCCUGUGACAGAAAAUACCCAGUGCAAACAUGAGACAAGACACUUUCAGCAUUAAGUGAUUGGGAGGCAUAUGGCUGGAGUAGCCACUCACUUCUAAUGAUCGAAAUACAGCAAAAGCGGUGUUGUUGUGGAGUAGAGGGAGGGAGGCAUGCUGGGGUUGGAGGUAAGGGCUCUUGCAAAUCACCCUGGGUUGUAGGAGCAGAAGAACUGGGAUUAAUAGUCAGGUUUGGGACAAAAGCUUCACUUUAUUAAUCUCCUGGAUUGUAAAUACCAGACAGAAAUGUAAGUAAGAAAGGAACAAACACACAAAGAAUCUAUGCAGCAGAAGAGAAACUUUGCCAUUCUAACAAUAGGAAGGUGAACUUAAUAAGAACCUUGGAAAUACUUUUCCUGUUUUCAUGACUUUAAAGAGUGAGUCUACCCCCUAUCUUGGUGUGAUAGUUAAGGUUGUGUGUCAAUUUGACUGGGCUGUGAUUCUCAGUGGUUGGGUAGUUAUGAAGUAGUUUAACUGUUAUAUAAGGUAAUUUGGCACUUGUAAUCUAAUGUAAUCACCUUCACAAUAUGAUCUGAUAUGAUCAGCCAAUCAGUUGUAAGAGGAGUUUCCUUGGGGGUGUGACAUGCAUCCAAUAUAUGUGGACAUUCUGGCAAAGCUCACUGGCUGUUUCUUGCUCUGGAUCCUGCAUCCGGCCCAUCAUCAUUUGACCUCUGGUUCUUGGGACUUGAGUCAGCAGCCUGCCAUCUUACCUGCUGAUCUUGGGUUUGUCAGCCCCUGCAGCUACAUGAGUCAGAAGCCCCCAGCCUGAUGCCUGACUCACAGACUUGGGGCUUACCAGCCUUUACAGUCACAUGAACCAUCUCCUUGAGAUAAAUC